AUGACGUGGCUUCGUGUGCUUGUACAGCUUAGGAGCUCCUUUCCACUGAAUAAAUGUGUUAAGACAGACGAGCGUGUGCAUGUGUACCCUGAAUGUGUGAAUGCGUGCCCCCUUGGAUCUUACAGUGACAUGGCGACGGACCUACAGGAGAGAAGGACUGUCCCCUGCCAACAACACAAUGAAACCUCAUUCUGCCAACAUUCGGGCUGCCUAGGCUCCCCUGCUGCGAUUCACACUGCCAACAUCCUGCCAACAGUUUCCCUGCCAAACCCACAUUACCAACCAACUGCCAACAAUACGGUUAUCGAUUAUUUCCCUGACACCAGUCAUGCUGCCAACCAACUGUCAACCACUUCCCUGCGUCCUGGACAACCCAAGCAAAUGCACUUUAGCGACAUACCAGCAUUAGCACACUUCUCCUGUCUUCAAGAAAAGAAGAUGCAUCCGUCCGCAUUCGCCUUCGUGUUGGUAACCUUGCUGUCGGUUUCCCUGGGUUCUGCCCAAGAAUCCGAACACACCAAGAAGUUGCUGGAAGCGCGCAAGACCCUCGAGGAGUUCACCGUGCCCGCGUUGAAGGAGAACUUGCAAAGCCGCUCCAAUGUUGAGUUCUACGUCAAGUGCGUGGUUGGCACAGGCCCAUGCAACAAAGUUGGCAUCGCUCUCAGUAACCUCCUCGCCCCCGGGCCCCAGGGAGCCACGUUCUGCGGCGGCUGCACUGACACCGAGAAGGUGCGAGUGAAGGUCGUGCUCGACGCUCUGGAGGCCGACUACAAGGACCUGGCGUGCGAGCUUCACAACUUCAGCAAGAUUCCGCUGUUCUCUAAGAAUCCCUGCGCUUGAAGCACGAGAUCGCAAGGCAUCAUCACACGAAGGCAAGAGUGACCACGAGUUAAUUACGAUUCAAUUCGAGGAUGACGACGUGGCUUCGUGUGCUUGUACAGCUUAUGUAUUAAAUUAUUAUCUCGAACGGGA